CCGAGCACACAGUUUCCUGGGAUUGAUUCGCCGAUACUGAUUGAUCACUCUGGUCUCUUUAUGCAGCGCCAAGGCCUGUCAGGGGACUUUGCCGUAUGCAUGAACCCUUGUCGGAUCCAGAAGCGGUGCCCGGAGCAUACGGGGGACUUUGAAGUCGACUACAGCGAGUUUACUGACCAAAUUCAGCCACGCCUGGCACGCCGUAUUCCUGCUAUGGCAACUGCCAAGAUUAGCUCCGCUUGGGCCUACCUCAGCGACUACAAUCCCCGGGAUCAGAGUCUCAUAGUCGGACCGCAUCCCUUCCUCAACAACAUGAUGCUAGCAAAUGGAUCCGGAGGUCUUUGUACGCAACACUCAAUUGCGAUAGGCCGUGCUGUAGCAGAGUACAUCCACUACCGGCAUUACAAGUCAAUCGACUUGACACGUUUUUCCUUUGACCGUUUUUUCCUCGAUCUGCCCAUAUCCGAACGGAACACAUUUUAA